GUGCACCACUAUAAAUACCUAGUUUCACUCGUCGUCUCUCCCCCUCUCGUCGCUGCGUCUCUCUCCCGCAACAUCAGUGUCCGUUACAGAGAGGGAACGAGAGAGCGACCAUGUUGGUUUACCAGGAUCUCCUCUCCGGUGAUGAGCUUCUUUCUGAUUCCUUCCCUUACAAGGAGCUUGAGAAUGGAGUUCUUUGGGAGGUUGAGGGAAAGUGGGUUGUCCAAGGAGCCGUAGAAGUAAACAUCGGUGCCAAUCCUUCUGCUGAGGGUGGUGGUGAAGAUGAGGGUGUAGAUGACCAAGCCGUUAAGGUCGUUGACAUCGUCGACACUUUCAGGCUUCAGGAGCAACCUCCUUUUGACAAGAAGCAGUUUGUUGCUUACAUAAAGAAAUACAUCAAGACCUUGACGGCCCAGCUGGACGAAGAGAAACAAGAAGUGUUCAAGAAGAACAUCGAGAGCGCUACCAAGUUUCUGCUCUCCAAGAUCAAAGACCUUCAGUUCUUUGUGGGGGAGAGCAUGAAAGACGAGGGCUCGUUGGUCUUUGCAUACUACAAGGAAGGUGCAACCAAUCCGACAUUUUUGUACUUCGCCCACGGUUUGAAGGAGAUCAAGUGCUGAGACAGAACACAACAGAAGCUCUCCAUCCGCGUAUCAUCUGCAGUUCCAAAGUUAUGUUUUUUGUUGUUUCACUUAAUUAUCAUUUCUGCUUCUGUUUGGCUUUUUUGGAAUUCCUUUGACUUUAAAAA